AUGCCGCGUGCUAUCUCCAGCGUCCUUUUCUCCUGCUCACCGUCCUUCCAUUCUGCCGCAAACAUGGCAGCUGCAGCAAGUGCCAACCUUGUCAGAAGGGGAUUUGCAAGGGGUCCAGUGCUUCAGCAAGGUCUGAGGGGUGAUGCAUGCAUAGAAUGUGGGGUUGGCGUUGCAGGAGCUCAAACUUUCCUUGGAAGGCGUGUUGCGCAUACCAACCCCUCUUCUAGCAUUGCAAAUUUCGCUCUGUCAACGGACGGUUUGCUCAGGCGGCACAAGGACCUGGGGAAGAGAACACCCAGCCGGCAGAGUACUUGCCGCCCAAUCUGCGCAGCCGGCGAGGCUGCCACUGCAACACAGGUGGCACCCACGGAGUGGGUCCAGAAAACCAUCACGUUGAAGCCGAGGCCGAGGGGGUGCCACGUAGUCACGGGGGAGAUCCGCAAUGCGUUGGGGGCGGAAAUGUCACGAUUUACCGUUGGGUUGGCACAUUUGUUCAUCAUGCACACGUCAGCCAGCCUGACCAUCAACGAAAACGCCAGUCCCGACGUCCCGCUCGACAUGGCCGACUCGCUUGACAGGAUUGUUCCGGAGGGGCAUCAUUAUCGACAUCUAGACGAGGGGAUGGACGAUAUGCCGGCGCACGUCAAGGGAUCCCUCAUGGGCUUUUCGGUGACGAUACCCAUCACGAGCGGACGACUGAACAUGGGCACGUGGCAGGGAAUCUAUCUGAACGAGCACAGGAACUAUGGGGGGCCGAGGAAGCUUUGUGUCACUAUCCAGGGGCAGGUCCGACCCGAUGGCAGAUCAUAUCAAUAGGGGGGAAGCGAUAUUUCGAAUGAAAACCGCUUUUUAUGUACAUAAAUGAUGCUCGUUGAAUGCUGAGGACGCUCGCUAAUGUAAUGAUUGCUUGAGUCUUUACAUCAUCAAUUCAUGGUAACGACGUCGUACAAGGACUUGUAUGCAUAGUUGAUUGCCGUGUCUCGGAUUGUCUGGCAGAUGGAAUGUGGAUUCCACAGAAGUAAAGUCUAAGUACGUUGUCUACAAGAGAUAUGUUUGUGCUCUGAGCGGAGGAACGUUUCGACUCACGCCUCCUUUGAUCGGCGCGGUGUGCACACUGG